AACCAACAAUAAGAAAUAACUAGGAACGAUUAGACAUCCAUUGUUGGCCCAGGACAUUCCAAGAAACAUUGAAAUUUAAAGGAAUGUCCGUCUUGACCGAGCUGCCGAAGCGCUGUUUCGACUUAGAGCGCGCCUUUGAAGACUCGCAAGAUGAGAAGACGGCCGCCUACUUCCACAUCAGCAUCUCGCACAAAAAGGGCAGUAAGAUCAGGGUGGAGGUGGACGCCGAGGUUGACGAGGAGGCCGUCAGACGGCUGAUCGACCUGGACAAAGUGCGGCUGAUGCGCGAGCAGCGCCAGAAGCUGCAGGACGAGUGGGAAGCCGUUCCCUACGACGACAGGUACAGGAUCAAACCCUCGCGCAAGGCGCCUAUGGAUGACAAUAGGAACAAGUUGUUGACCAAAGUUGCCGAGCAAAAGAAUGCAAAGAAGUGUCUGACCGACGCAGAAAGGAAAAGCAGGAAGCCAAAGUCGAACAAGUCCGCAGUGUCCGCACCCGUUAAACCCACGGGUGCGGGUACCAACCAACUGCCUUUCUUCGCUCAGCCAUUCCUCAAGCUGAGGGAUGCCCGGGUGGACGAGGACUGGACGAGGCCGGCACCCCCUCGCUACCACGGACUGCACAUGCACACCAAGUGCUACCAGAAGAAGGAGCCGAGUGCCCGGUGGUGCGAGAAGGCGCCCAUCUUCCAGAGGUACCUGAGCACGGCCGAGGCGCUGAACGGCGGUCCGCUGAGCAAGCACGUGCACCGCCGCUCGCAGAUCUACGACGGCCUGUGCCAGGAGCUGAUGAGCCUCGAGCAGCGCCAGUCAAAGCAGCCGCGCGUCUACUCGCCACUCAAGACCCACUGCUAUGAUUGCCAGCGCUACACCAACGCCGCCGAAGCCGUUUUCUUCAAGUCCAGCUACCAAGAUCAAAACCGCAACGUGAUUCGUUCGCAGAUGCCCUCCGUCGCCCUGCAGAGGAAACUCUAUUGAUUGA